UCAGUUUCUCAGCCUCGGUUUCCCAGCUUGGGACCUCUGACCUCCCGCCAGCAGAUGGCAAGAGAGAGUCCCCGCCCAGUGGGAAAGGCUGAGACUGGGCGGAGCAUCCCAGGCUCCGGCGCGCGCAGCCUCCGACCCGAAUUUCUUCGCUCACCGGAAGAAGGCGAGUCUCUUUCCGUUCCCAGCGCAGCCAUGGCUCGUGGUCCCAAGAAACAUCUGAAGCGUGUAGCAGCUCCAAAGCAUUGGAUGCUGGAUAAACUAACCGGCGUGUUUGCGCCUCGUCCGUCCACUGGCCCUCACAAGCUGAGGGAAUGUCUGCCUCUGAUCAUUUUCCUGAGGAACAGGCUUAAGUAUGCCCUGACUGGCGAUGAAGUGAAGAAGAUCUGCAUGCAGCGCUUCAUUAAGAUUGAUGGCAAAGUCAGGACCGAUAUAACCUACCCUGCUGGGUUUAUGGAUGUCAUCAGCAUUGACAAGACUGGAGAGAACUUCCGUCUGAUCUAUGACACCAAGGGUCGCUUUGCCGUUCAUCGUAUUACACCUGAGGAGGCCAAGUACAAGUUGUGCAAAGUGAGAAAGAUCUUUGUGGGCACAAAAGGAAUCCCACAUCUGGUGACCCAUGAUGCUCGCACUAUUCGCUACCCUGAUCCCCUCAUCAAGGUGAAUGACACCAUUCAGAUUGAUUUGGAUACGGGCAAGAUAACCGACUUCAUCAAGUUUGACACUGGUAACCUGUGUAUGGUGACUGGGGGUGCUAACUUGGGAAGAAUUGGUGUGAUCACCAACAGAGAGAGACAUCCCGGCUCUUUUGAUGUGGUCCAUGUGAAAGAUGCCAAUGGCAACAGCUUUGCCACCCGGCUUUCCAACAUUUUUGUUAUUGGCAAGGGCAACAAACCAUGGAUUUCUCUUCCCCGAGGAAAAGGAAUCCGCCUCACAAUUGCUGAAGAGAGAGACAAGAGGCUAGCGGCCAAACAGAGCAGUGGGUGAACCGGUCUCUAAGAGACAUGCUGGAGACGUAUUUGUACUCUUGCUAACAAGCCUUUCUAGGCAACGUGCUAGAUUAAACAGCAAGAUGAAAACUA